UUUGAAGGUGUGUUUAAUAAUUUUCUAACGAUUACGAUUUUGAAUUUAAAAGUUUUUGAAGAAUUGAAUAUUAUGAGUUCCUUUUCUUUUUUCUUGGUCAACGAAUUUCAUUCUAAGAGUUCUCUCUUGCUUUGCAAUUAUUGACUUGGAGUUAGACAUUGUUAGGAACCAGACAAGAGACUGUAUGAACAACAACAACAACAACUUAAUAUAAAAAGGUUUAAGGUUACUGUCUGUCAUGGUCACAAUAAAAAUCAAUUUCAUUUUGUAAGAUUCAAUGCCUUUAAGAAAUACAUUUCCUGAAGACAAUUUAAACUUGGAAUGUUGAAACUUGUGUUUGAACAAGUUUUGAUCUGAAUUUGCAUUUUGAAACUCCAGAAACAAAAACCAGACUUAUCUCUCUGUUUCAUUAGCAAUGGCUUCUGAAAGAUUGCAUCUGAUCUUAUUGGUCAUCUUUAAUCAUCUGAUUUCCUUGUUAAGUCAACAAGAAGAAGCCGGUUUCGUCUACAAUGGCUUUGGCCAAGCUGAAACUGAUUUUCAUCUAGAUGGAGCUGCAAAAAUUCUCUUCCCAGAUGGAUUGUUGCAGCUAACUAACGCCUCGUCGCAGCAAAUGGGUCAUGCUUUCUUCAAGAAACCAUUCAAGUUCGAUUCAUUCGAUAGGAAACUCUCUUUCUCGACUCAUUUUGUGUGUGCACUGGUUCCUAAACCUGGAGCAGAUGGUGGCCAUGGAAUCGCCUUUGUUGUAUCUUCUUCCAUAGAUUUCACACAAGCAGAUCCAACUCAGUACUUGGGAGUUUUCAACAUCUCAACAAAUGGAUCUCCUUCUUCUCAGCUUCUAGCUAUUGAGCUCGAUACUGUUGAGAGCGCAGAGUUUGAUGAUAUCGACAAGAAUCAUGUCGGUAUAGACAUCAACAGCCUGAAUUCUGUAGAGUCUGCUUCAGCUUCUUACUUUUCAGACACCAAAGGGAAGAAUCAAAGCAUAAAGCUCUUAAGUGGAGACCCUUUACAAGUCUGGGUGGAUUAUGAAGGAACUUUACUAAAUGUCACAGUGGCUCCUCUAAGCAUCCAGAAACCAAACCAUCCUCUUCUGUCAAGAUCCAUCAAUCUCACUGAAAUCUUCCUGGAUCGAACACUGUUUUUCGGAUUCUCUGCAUCAACAGGAUCGUUAGUCAGUUACCAAUAUAUCUUAGGAUGGAGUUUCAGCAGAAACAGAAUGUUGUUGCAGAGACUUGACUUCUCAAAACUUCCUCAGAUUCCUCAUCCAAGAGCCAAAAAGAAGCAAACAUCUCCGCUGCUUAUCGCUCUACUCGUGUUAAUAGCACUCAUAAUGUUGGCCGUUCUUGGAGGAGUUUACUUAUACAGGAGAAAAAAGUAUGCAGAAGUCAGAGAAGCAUGGGAAAAAGAAUACGGUCCGCAUCGGUUUUCUUAUAAAUCUCUAUACAAAGCAACAAAAGGGUUUGACAAAGAUGGUCGUUUAGGAAAAGGCGGUUUUGGAGAAGUCUACAGAGGAAAUCUACCCCGCGUUGGAGAUAUAGCGGUAAAGAGAGUGUGCCACGAUGCAAAGCAAGGCAUGAAACAGUUUGUGGCUGAAGUAGUGACUAUGGGAAGUUUAAAGCACCGGAAUUUGGUUCCUCUUCUCGGGUACUGCAGGAGGAAAGGAGAACUUCUUCUGGUCUACGAGUAUAUGUGUAAUGGCAGUCUUGAUCAAUACUUGUUUCACAGAAAAAAUCCAGCUCUUUCAUGGCCGCAAAGGCUAGUCAUUUUGAAAGAUAUAGCCUCUGCUCUCAGUUACCUGCAUACAGGAGCUAAUCAAGUUGUAUUACACCGAGAUAUAAAAGCUUCUAAUGUCAUGUUAGAUUCUAAUUUCAAUGGAAGAUUAGGAGAUUUUGGAAUGGCGAGAUUUGAAGAUUAUGGAGAUAGCUUACCUGCAACAGCAGCUGUAGGAACAAUGGGUUACAUGGCACCUGAGCUAACAACAAUGAAAACUUGUACAAGAACAGAUGUUUAUGCAUUUGGUGCUUUCAUGCUUGAAGUAAGUUGUGGACGGAGACCGUUAGAUCCCAAGAUUUCAGCUGAGAAACGGCAUUUGAUCAAAUGGGUUUGUGAUUGCUGGAGAAGGGAUUCUCUGGUUGAUGCUAUAGAUAGAAGAUUGGGAGGUAAAUACUCAGCAGAGGAAGCUGAAAUUGUUCUAAAACUUGGAUUGCUUUGCACAAACAUGGUUGCAGAAUCUAGACCCACCAUGGAACAAGUGGUACAGUACAUAUACUGGAAUCUUCCAUUGCCUAAUUUCUCACCAGAGUCUCCAGGAAUUGGAGUUUCUGCUCCGUUUAUGAUGUAAACAGCCUUCACUUCAAGGAGCACUUUAGCACCAUCAACCUCUCCUCCUUCCCGUAACUCCAUAUUUGUUACUCAUACAAUCACAUACAGAGAUGGUAGGUGACAAUUUAAGAACUUAAUUAGUUCUUCAAUAUACUAUGGUUUAAGACAAAGUAAAUGUUAUCACCAGACAAUAACAUUGUCUGUGUUUAUUGGUUUAGUUACGUUCUUGAUUUGUUUAAAAGAUAUGAGUGUGAAUCUGUGAUUGAAAUAAUAUAGAAGGUUAUGUGUGAUUGCAAUCAAAUUCGUUUAAACUAAUGAAACGUACAAAGAAAAAACUCAUAAAAACUUGUAAGCACUACAAGUUUCAGACCAGCAGAAAUGAAAAACACA